AUGAAUAUUUUAAAAUUCCAAUUCCUAUUCAUAUGCAUUAUAUUCUUGGUUAAUCAUAAAUAUGGCUAUUCAUAUAACACAUAUAAAAUUAAAGAAAAUGAAUCAACAUUGAAAAGUUAUAUCCCAAAAGAGGAUAUUGACACAAGUAAUAUAAAUUAUUUAAAAGUAAAACAUGAAAAAAAUAAUUUAAAAAACAAGAGAUAUAAUAAUAGGUUAUAUAAUACUUUAUAUCCUACUGAAGAAAAUAAGGAUUAUGAUUUUUUUAAUGAUCACAAUACAAACACACAUAAAAGUGAACAAAAUUCAAAACAUGAAAUUCCAAAAUCGUAUGAUCAUAAUGCGGAUAACUCUAUGAAUCAAAUUGCUGACGAUGUAACUAAAGAUGAAGUAAAUGAUGUGGACAAUUUUGCCACAACCCAAACUGAUAAGGAAGCCCAGAAUCAAAGUAAAAAAGGCGUUUUUGAAAUAUUCGGAAAUAACGAAAAAGUUAAAAGCGAAUCAAAGUUUGGGAUAUUUAACUAUUUAAAAAGUUAUUUUGAAAAAUCACCAUUUAUAAAAAAUUUUUACAAUUUCGUUGAAAUGUUUUUUAAUAAAUAUGAUCAACGUGUGUUAGAAUCAACCACAUUUUUUAAUUUUGAUGAAAUCUUAUUUUAA